GGUUCAUUUCACUUCUCUCGCUUCGGUCCCAAUUUCCUCAAGUAUUGAGAACAAUAUAUAUAUUCGAAAGUGGUUAAAAAAAGGUCGUUAUUUUCCCAGUUUGAAUUAAUAAAGUUAAUUGUCGAACAAGAGGGUUGUUUGUUAAUUAGUAGAGAGAGAGAUGAGCGUGGCGGUGGAGGAGGAGAUUUCCCACGGGAAUGGGACCGCUGACCCGACCACGACGGUCGACCUGAUCGAGAUCGAGGGGCAAAAACACCAGCUGCAGAACAAGUGGAAAUUUUGGUACUUUGAGAACAACAAGGACAAGAGUUGGGAGGACAAUUUACGGGUAGUGUCCGAGUUUUGGACGGUGGAGGACUUUUGGUCCAUUUUCAACCACAUCAAGAGCGCUUCCGAUCUUCGGACGGGGUGCUCGUACUUUGUCUUCAAGGAUGGGAUCAAGCCCAUGUGGGAGGAUCCCAUUAAUCGGCCAGGAGGGAGGUGGCUCGUCAGCUUCGACAAACGUUAUCGUCAACAAUUGGAUCAUCAGUGGUUGGAAGUGCUGCUGUGCUUGAUUGGCGAAGCUUUUGAUGACGAUGGUGAUGAUAUAUGCGGCGUGGUGGUAGAUGUUCGGAAUAAGCUAGACAAAAUCUCCAUAUGGACAAGAAAUUGCAAAAACAAUGACAGUAUCCUUAACAUUGGGAAAACCGUCAAAACCCGACUGAACCUCCCCCCAAGUCAGAUGACAUAUGAAAGCCACGAGGCCACGUCGAGUAAAACGUCGUCAUCAGCAAAACACAUGCUCACUUUGUAACUGGAAGAAACAAUAGGUUUGAAUCGAACGCGUUGGAGCUACAACUAAGUUUUUUUUUCGAAAUUUUGGCAUUUAAAAUUACAACACCUUAAAUGUAACACAAUAGCUUUAUAAUAUUGUUAGUUUACCGAACUUGUAACGUAAUUUAUUAGGUUAAACAUUGUCAGUUUAAUUGUUCUAGAUAUAUAGUGUUAGGUAAGAAGCAGAGAAUGAAAACGAUGAAACGAAAGGUUAUUUAUAAUAUGCGUAAAUAGAUUACAAUUCGCACGAGGUUUCUAUAAUAUAAUUUAACUAGGAAAGUCUCAUAUAUUUCCGUGCACUAUGAAUGAGUUGAUAAUUUAAAUUACAAAUGGAGCAAUUUAUAUAAUUAUAAUUACAAUUACCCAAUAAAAUAAGUAUAGUAUAAGCGAGAGCGAACCUACAUAAAUAUGUGUGUGGGUCAGGAUGUAUUUGCAGGUGUAAUUUAGUUAAGUCUACUUUACUCAUUAUUAUAUAAUCAACUUUGUAAGCUCCGUAACAGCAUUGAAAUAAGUGGUAUUUGUACGUUUGUUAUUGCAUAAUAAUAACAUGUUAUUGAAUUAAAGUGCUAUAUCUGCUAUGAAAUAACCA